AGUAAGUCAUUACAGAGCCAGCGCUCGUCCGAGACUGUCCGCUCCAGCACAGCACAGCACCUGUACUCUGCCUGCAUCCCGGCCUUGGCAGCACAAGCACAGACCCCAAGGUGUCGAUUGCCGAUCAAGAAGAAAGUUUCCAGCCCAAGUGCGCGUCUGUGGUGGAAAGUGUCCAACAAGAGAAAAUUCCAGUGGAGUUCCAUGGUAUCGGAAAAACCAUUCCUAUUAACAACUUGAUCUGCCGACCACCUAUAGCUGUAGCUAUAUGUACAGCGGGGCAACGACAACGGGCAACGUCGAAGGGAACGCAUGCGCAGAUCUCUCAGCAAAGCAAAGCCAAACAGAACGGAAAAUAAAUCGUGCAAACAGCAGACGGAGCACCGCCUGUCCCAGUCCCAGUCUCCACUCCGUCUCCAUUCGGCUUAUUUAAAGGCCGCUAGCCACCGAGUGACAAUCAGAACAAAUCAAGCUGCCAGCCGCAGCAGGUCGCGAGUGAAGAGAGAAAGAGUGAGCUGAGAUAACGAUACAAACACAUGUACAUCUGCAAAGAAGAUGUCUUGAGAGCUGUCAGAUCGGGCUCUUGCUGAAAACGGUUGCUGAAAAAAGUCUUAAAUCUUAUACAUUCCGUGCAGUAUUGUGAUAUUUAAGCGCUGCGCUUACAGAGGCCACAAGCAAUUGGUUUUAACACCUCUUAUUUAACUUAAACACACACUCACGUUCCCACCCAACAAAUAAAACACGAAGCACACAAGAUGUCCGCAUCGAAGGAGGCCAUUUGUGGGAGCACCGAGAAGGAUCUCGAGAAGCCGCCAUUAGGAUUCUUUGCCACCCGCUACUUUGUGACCUUCAUGCUCUUCCUGGGCAUGGCCAAUGCCUACGUGAUGCGCACCAACAUGUCGGUGGCCAUUGUGGCGAUGGUGAACCACACGGCCAUCAAGACGACCGAUGAGGAGAUCGUCGAUGAGUGCGGCGAUCGUGAUUUGCCCAUUGACGAUUCCCAGGAUGGCGAGUUCGUUUGGAGUUCGAGUCUUCAGGGCUACAUCCUGUCGUCCUUCUUCUACGGCUACGUAAUCACCCAGAUCCCCUUCGGCAUACUGGCCAAGAGGUUCGGGUCCCUGCGCUUCCUUGGCUAUGGCAUGCUCGUCAACUCGGUCUUCGCCUUCCUGGUCCCUGUGGCAGCUCGUCAAGGCGGCGUCUGGGGCCUGUGCGCCGUCCGCUUCAUCCAGGGGCUGGGCGAGGGUCCCAUUGUACCCUGCACCCACGCCAUGCUUGCCAAGUGGAUUCCGCCCAACGAGAGGUCACGCAUGGGCGCCGCUGUCUACGCGGGAGCUCAGUUCGGAACGAUCAUCUCUAUGCCGCUGUCAGGUCUCCUUGCGGAAUAUGGCUUCGACGGUGGCUGGCCAUCGAUCUUCUAUGUCUUUGGCAUUGUGGGCACUGUUUGGUCCAUUGCAUUCCUCAUCUUUGUGUACGAGGACCCCACCGUCCAUCCUAGCAUUGAUGAGCGCGAGAAGAAGUACAUCAACGACUCCCUCUGGGGCACGGAUGUGGUCAAAAACCCUCCGAUUCCGUUCAAGGCCAUUCUCAAGUCGAUGCCGUUCUACGCGAUCCUGUUCGCCCACAUGGGCCACAAUUACGGCUACGAGACUUUGAUGACAGAGCUGCCGACGUACAUGAAGCAGGUGCUCCGCUUCUCCCUGAAGUCGAACGGUCUGCUGAGCUCGCUCCCCUACCUGGCCAUGUGGCUCUUCUCGAUGUUCAUUUCGGUGAUUGCGGACUGGAUGAUUAGCUCGAAGCGGUUCUCCCACACGGUCACCAGGAAGCUGAUCAACAGUAUCGGACAGUACGGACCUGGCAUCGCCCUGAUUGCUGCCUCCUACACGGGCUGCGACCGGGCCUUGACAUUGGCCAUUCUCACAAUUGGCGUAGGCCUCAACGGUGGCAUCUACUCGGGCUUCAAGAUCAACCAUCUUGACCUGACGCCCCGCUUCGCCGGCUUCCUCAUGGCCAUCACGAAUUGCUCGGCGAAUCUGGCGGGUCUGCUGGCGCCGAUUGCAGCGGGCAACCUGAUCAGUGAUCAAUCAAAGCCCAUUAUGGGACAGUGGCAGAUUGUGUUCUUCAUUGCCGCCUUCGUGUACAUCAUCUGCGGUACGUUCUACAACAUCUUCGGCUCCGGGGAGCGCCAGUACUGGGACAAUCCCGAGGGCGACGAGCAGAAGGCGGCUCUGAGCAAUGGAGCCAAUUCCUCGCCAGCAAGGCUGAGCACGCCACAGGCUAUCACCGCUACCGAGUCGAGGCAGUAGUAUUAUCCUGUGACCUUCGACCUGUGUCCUGUGUCUGUCAUUACCAUUACACUACUGUACACAAGUCUAGAAUUUAGUAUUUGUUUUAGUUAUCUAUGUAUUAAGAAAAAUGUUUACUACGAUAGUUAGCCAUUGAUAUUCCUAAUCCUAUUCCCGUCAGCUGCAACGCAACCGAUUUGCAGAAUAAAAGACAGCAAUCAUGUUAAAGGAAAUGUUAAAGAGAAUGUUCAAGAAGGAAACCCGAAACAAGGCACAAAUUGUCGAAACAAAGUUAGGCAAAUCGAGGUCUACCAUUGUAAAUGAGUACGAGUAUAUGUUUUGUAGUUUUCUUAUGUGAUAGAGACCGAGUUUAGUCUUCUAACCAAUUGAAAUGAUCCGAUGAAAGGAACGCAACCAAAUAUGUAAAAGAAUUAAAUCUACCAUAGCUUAAAGCCAAACCUGAA